AGAAACGGUGACGUUUUCCAAUGGAGUGCAAAAUCAGGGUUAGAUUUUCUUCCAAAUUUUCCACUCCUAACCCAUCAAAUUGGGGAACAACAUUAGAUCUUGCAACGUCAAAUUCCAUAUACUUAGCUAAAAAGUUAGGUUUUUGCUUUCUAAGUUCAAAGUCGAGUCACAUUUCCACAUUAUCCUCUUUCAUUUCCAUACUAUCCGAAUAAGGAAGUGGAUUGUAAUGGCUACGCUCGUUCCUCAAUUCUAUCCGACUAGAUCUGCAUCGAUAUCCAAAGUUGUUUUUCAGGUUAAAUUAAAUCACUACGUUUGAGAUGAAUUUCACUCGUAUAAAUAAUGGCGAUUAUCUGUGAAAUUGGAGACACUUCUCGGAAAUUCAGUGUUUGGGAACCUGACAUUGUGGGAUUAGUAUUGAUCUUGUUGUAAAAUAUUUAAAUAUGUGUUGACCAAAAAGCAAAACAAAACCAAGAAGAAAAGAAAAGAAAGUUGUCUAUCAGAGUAUUGUAUGCAUUUGAAAGAGUCGUGACUGGAUAUUAGCGGUGCUAAGAAGCUUCAACUUUAAUCAAACAUAGCUGUCUUUGCUCUUCUGGUAAUACUGCUUUGUCAUGGAUAACACUCAAUAUCCAGGGUCAGUAAAACAAGGCUCGGAUGAAAAAUUUCCAGCCCUAUUUAAUCAUAUAGCGUCAAAAACAGUAGCUGGCUUUGACAGUAUUGAAGCAACAGGCAUUGUGGAUUAUCAGUCUCCAUCAACUUGGACUCCAGCUUCUAGUCCUUCGCUGGAUCUGACAUUUUCAACAGUGAAUGAAACAAAUGCACUUCAAAAGCAAGCUGAUGCAUUUCCACACCAUGUGCGUUCUGUUUCUAUCAGCAUGCCUUCCUCCCCUCUCGGGAUGAAAAGUGCUAUCGUCAAUGAUAAUGAUGGACCCAAGCUUGGGAAUCGGGGCUUAAGCCCUCUUGGCCUGUCGACUACUCCUUACAGCGAACUGCCAAGACAAACAAAAUUUCUUUCCCAGCCCAUACCAUUAGGCAAUGCAUAUGCUGAGGCAAUUUUGAAAGGGAAUUAUCCUGAGGCUACUAAGAAUCCGUAUAUCAACCCUAGAACUAGUAGGCUGAAAGAUAAAAGGUUUGACUCUUUCAAGACAUGGUCAGGGAAACUUGAGAGGCAGAUUUCACAUCUACGUGGAAAGCCGGAGGGCCCCGAACCAGAUGUUAAUGUUCUGGAGAAUUCCGAGGUGGAAACAUUACCUGUGGACCGCUACUUUGAUGCCUUAGAAGGACCUGAAUUAGAGACUUUACGGGCUUCGGAGGAGAUAGUCCUCCCAGAGGACAAGCAGUGGCCAUUCCUUCUUCGUUUUCCAAUUUCAUCAUUUGGCAUAUGCCUCGGUGUUAGUAGCCAAGCCAUCCUUUGGAAGACCAUUGCAACCUCUUCAUCAACUAGUUUCCUCCAUGUCAGCAUCGGCAUCAACCUUGUCCUCUGGUGUAUCUCUGUUGCUCUCGUCAGCAUUGUCUCCUUAAUUUAUCUUUUGAAAAUCAUAUUUUACUUCGAAGCAGUCAGACGCGAGUACUAUCAUCCCAUUCGUGUCAACUUCUUCUUUGCUCCGUGGAUAACCCUUUUGUUCUUAGCGCUAGGGGUGCCACCAUCUCUUACCAAAGGCCUGCAUCAGGCUCUUUGGUACGUUCUCAUGACACCAAUAUUCUUUCUAGAGCUCAAAAUAUAUGGACAAUGGAUGUCAGGAGGUCAGAGGAGGCUAUCUAAGGUUGCCAAUCCUACUAACCAUCUCUCUAUUGUUGGGAAUUUUGUUGGAGCACUGUUGGGUGCUUCAAUGGGUCUAAAAGAAGGACCUAUCCUCUUUUAUGCUGUUGGAUUGGCACACUACCUGGUUCUAUUUGUAACUCUCUACCAGAGGCUUCCAACAAACGAGACACUUCCGAAGGAGCUCCAUCCGGUAUUCUUUUUGUUUGUUGCGGCUCCAAGUGUUGCUUCGAUGGCUUGGGCAAAGAUUCAAGGGUCAUUUGAUUAUGGGUCGAAGAUUUCUUAUUUCAUCGCCUUAUUCCUCUAUCUCUCACUGGCUGUUAGGAUUAAUUUCUUCCGAGGAUUCAGAUUCUCGCUGUCUUGGUGGGCCUAUACUUUCCCAAUGACGGGGGCAGCUAUAGCAACCAUCAAAUACGCAAACGAAGUGAAACAUCCAGUAACACAAACUAUGACGGUGGUAUUUUCUGUUAUUUCUACCUUAACAGUAACAGCUUUGCUCGUGUCCACCAUCUUUCAUGCCUUUGUUCUACGUAACCUCUUCCCUAACGAUAUUGCUAUUGCAAUUUCACAAGUAAAAUCUAAGUCGCAUAAGAAACGAUUUCACUGGAGAAAUGGCAGUUCAGAUCAUACUAAAGACAUUGAAAACUAUUUGCAAACUGCGGGUUCAGAUAACAAGGACAUUGAAGCGGCUGUAACUAAACCUAAUGGUUUUUGAAGACAUGUUCCUUUACGCCUGUUGUAACUUAUAGGCCGAUAUCAAAUUGUUUGGAACAUUGUACACUGUAAAGAAGAAUGGUAUUGAAGAUAUGGAAAUAUGGAAGGUGGGUACUGCCAUCAGAUCGAAGUACAAGAAGUUUGCGAUGAGAGAAUAUAAUAUGACAUUAAGGCGGAUCAGCAAAUACUUGUAAAGCGAUACAUGAUUGAUGGACUCCUUCCUUAAUUCCUACUUGGCUGCAUGUCAUGUAAAUAUCUUCGUCUCCAAGUAUGCCCAGAUGUUUUUGGUGUGUGUAAUUAGUUAUAUACUAGAGAUAUGUGCUCCGAUUUGAAUGCACUCAAGGGUAUGCCGACAGAUGUUAAUGCGUUUUACUACAGUAAGGCUAACUGCAGGAACAUUCCACAGCUAUGACCUUAGGGUGUUCGGUGAGUGUCGGCUUGUUAAUGUUCUUUUCGUGUAUGUCUCUCUAGUGGUCUCGUGACAGUAUUUGGUGCAGAAAUAUCCUCGUUUUCUUCUGAACGUACAUGAUUAUUAUUUGAUUGACGAAGUCAAGAGUAUAAAAUGUUAGUCUAGCUAGCUAGCUAGCAGUUUCGAAUUAUAAUUUAGAUUGCAAACUAUUAGUAUCGAUAUUUUAAGGAUGCUGUACUAUGUUGUUUAUUAAUUUUGUUGAUUGAAGCUUCUCUUCUCUA